AUGCUUCGCUCCCCAAAUAGUGUUCGAGGUCAACAUCAAUCAACAUCAAGUAUUUAUAACUACAAAACACUCAAUGAAAUGGAAAUGAGGACGAUAAGUACGAGAACAUCACAUCAACCAUCAAUAAUAGAUAGUCAGACAUCGAAUAAAUAUAAUGAAACAUUGAAAACAUCACUUGCUGAUCGAUCUUUAUAUCUUCCUUUACAUCGAAUGUUGAGUAAUGUUUCUUUAUACGAAAUGAUUAUUGAAGGAAAAUGGAAAUUUCGGGCAUAUGAAGAUGAUAGUUUUCGAUUCAAAUCAAUGGGUAUUGAAAAUUUAGUUUAUAUUUGUCAUGAUAUUAUGAAUAAAACACUUGAAAUAAUGAAAUUAAAACAACGAAACCAACGAAUAUCUUCAUCAAGUUGUGAAUCAUGGCCGAUAGUAAAUCUUGAUACUUUCAAAAUAUUGACAGAUGCUGAUCGUGCUUGUCUUAAUCGUGUCCAUAUAUUUGCUCUGAUGACAAUUAUCUUUGAAGCAACAUCGACAAAGUCUUUAAUAUCUGAAUCUGUUCGUAUUUGGGGUGAAGCUUCUGAACAUGUCAAUUAUCAAGAUAGUUUUUCUAAAUCUCAUAAUCAACCUAAAAUAUCUUAUGAAACUGCUUUUCGACAUUUAAUUCAUACACCUGACAAUCAACUUCUUCACAUAGCUCUUCAUGUAUCUCUUAUAACCGGUCAUAGUCGAAUGGAUUUACAGCAAUUAGGUGAAAAAUUAGGUGUCCAACGGUAUCAUUUUGAUAUGGGUUCAAUUAAAGAUUCAACAAAAGCUUUUCAAGAUCUGAUAAAAUUAUUACGUGAACAAAAACUAAAACGAGAACGUGAACAACAAUGUGUUGAUAUUAGUAAAUUACCAUAUAAACCAAAAAAGAAACGAGGUCUUAAUGCCAAUGUUUCAGGCACAAAGUUUGCUGUUGUUCGUCAAGCUGCUGAUGUAUUCGGCUUUUCUAUAAGUUCCGAUAAUGAUAUUACUUGUAAUCUAUUGUGGAAUGAUACAUUGAUAUCGAUGGAUAUUGUAUCAGCGCUGAAACCUUACCAGAAAGUAAAUCAUUUUCCAACAAUGAGUGAAAUUUCACGUAAAGAUUUGUUAGCUAGAAAUUUUGAUAAAUUAUCACGUAUUCUACCGGAUGAAUAUAAUUUUACGCCUAGAACAUGGAUAUUACCAAAUGAAUAUAAUACAUGGUAUUCAUAUGCUUCGAGUAAGGCGAAAAAAGAUCAAUGUACUUAUAUUCUUAAACCAAAUAAUGGUGCGAUGGGACAUGGAAUUCAAGUUUUUUGUGAUUAUGAACGAAUUCAAUCAAUGGAUAAUUAUAUUAUUCAAGAAUAUAUUCGAGAACCUUAUCUUAUCGAUGGUUUUAAAUUCGAUCUUCGAAUUUAUGCAUUAUUAACAUCAUGUGAUCCGCUUCGUGUAUUUAUUUUUAAUAAUGGACUUGUUCGUAUGAGUACAGAAAAAUAUGAAAUACCUAAUCGCAAAAAUGCUUCUCAUCUUUUUAUGCAUUUAACAAAUUAUUCAGUAAAUAAAUAUAAUGUUGAUUAUGAAAUUAGUACAUCAAAUACUAAUGCCGAGAAUACAGGAAGUAAACGGUCACUUAAAUUUUUAUUUGAAUAUUUACGAACACAAAAUCAAGAUGCAACUACACUUUGGAAAGAUAUACAAAACAUUGUAAUAAAAACAGUAUUUCUUGCUCAACCGCAUUUAUUUGCUGCUUAUCGAAUGUGUCGUCCCGGUGCUUCACCAUCAAGUGAAAGUGUUUGUUUUGAAUUACUUGGUUUUGAUAUACUAGUUGAUAAAAAUUUAAAACCAUGGGUACUUGAAGUAAAUCGUUGUCCAAGUUUUGGUACUAAUGAGCAAAUUGAUUUUGAUAUGAAAAUGAAAUUAUUACUUGAUACAUUUGAAUUACUUCGUUUUCGAACAUCAGACAGAAAAAAAAGUCUUGCUAUUGAAAAAGCUGAAGCACAACGUCGUUUAUAUUCAAAUAUGGGUAAAACUAGUCGUUUAUUGGAUGAUGCAUCACUGAUUCUUUCAAAUGGAAACUAUCGAGAUGUUCGAACUCGACAAAAAAGGCUUGCUGAUGUCAAAGAAAAAUUAUAUCUUCUUCAACGUGAAACAGCUCGUGAAACCUUUGAAAAUCGUCAUUUAGGAAGUUUUAUACGUUUAUUUCCCGUUGAAGAUAGUAUUCGAAUGAAUGAAUUAAUGAUCAUAUUAACAAAAUGUUUUGAUGUAUUAUAUGCAAAUAAAAAAGAUUUAUCAUGGAGUACAAAAUAUUAUAAUCGAUAUAAAGAAGAAGAAUUAUUAGAACAAUUAGCUGAACUUGAAGAUCUUGAUCAAACUGAACAAAAACGAAAUCCUCGUUUAGCUUUUGUAUCAAAUAAUAGUCUUCCAAUAGAACGUACAUCUCCAUCAGCUAGUUUUGCAUCCGAAUUAAGUGAUGAUGAUGAUGGUCAACAUCAAGUGAACUCACCCGUACCGUCUGAUUUAGUUAAUAAAGCAACAUCAUCAAUAACUACUAUAACAACAACUAGUUCUUUAUUGAAAAGAUAUACAACACAAUCACGAACAAAUGUACUUCGUCCAACACCACUAUCACCAUUAAUUAUUCGAAAACAACAGCAAAUAUCAGUUGUUUCUUCAAAUACUCUUCGACGACCAACCUUACGAACACAAGGAAGUCCAUCAGACAUGAAAUCAAAUCGAAUAAUUGAUAAGAAAAUUUAUUCAACAUCAUCAAGUCAAAAUACAGAUCGACAAAGUCCACAAUCUCGAAUAGCAUCCAGAGGAAUGAAUAAUCAUUCUCAAAUGGUUACAUAUACAACAAUUACACAAACACCUAGAAAAUUAUUAAAUAGUAAUACAUCAUCUGUUGGUCGAUCAACAUCAUUCAAUACUCCUAAAGAAUUACAAAUGAGUGAUGCUGACUUGAAUCGUCUCUAUCAAUUAACACUUGAACAAAUGCAUCAAUUAUGUAUUCGCUAUCCAAAUAAAUCUGAUGAUGAAACACGACAAAUUUGUCAUGAAAUUGUUGAAAAUUGGAAUAAAUAUCGAACAUCAAUAGGAGAAUUUUGGUUAUCGAAAUUAGAUACACGAAAAAGACAAGCAAUUAUAAGAAUCGUUUGGAAUAAUGUUCAACAAAUAAUGAAACAAUUAUGGAAAAUUGAUCAAUAUGUUGAACAAUUAUCAUUAAGUAAACAUUUAACUAAAUUAGAACAACGUUUAUUAGCUAAUAAUGGACAAUAUUUAUGGGAUAUAUGUCAAAAUCGAUAUAAUUCAUGGGGAUCAUCAUUGAUAACAAGUACAAAUCGUGUAUCUCCAAUUGAAUUAGCUUGUUGUAAUCGUUUUAUUGAAUUAUGUAAACAAGCUUUAUUUAUUGUUUAUCGUUAUUCAAUUGAUGAAAAAAUUAAAAAACAGCAACAACAUCAAACAGAAGGAUCAACAAUAAUGGUUAUUUCAUAA